CUAGCCUGAGCACAGCAGGACCCUGCCUACGUCCCAGGUCUCCACCAGGGACAGCUGCUGCCGAGGCCUGACCUGCCCCUUCUCCCUCAGGUGCCGCUGGUUGCCCAGCCCCUGGCCCUAGGAGACCCCGCAGCGACCAAGGGUCCCAGCAGGCCAUGCAGCUGUGCCAAGGCGCCUGGAGCAUGGCGGCGGCCGAGGGGCCCGGCUACCUGGUGUCUCCCCAGGCGGAGAAGCACCGGCGGGCCCGCAACUGGACCGACGCCGAGAUGCGCGGCCUCAUGCUGGUCUGGGAGGAGUUCUUCGACGAGCUCAAGCAGACCAAGCGCAACGCCAAGGUGUACGAGAAGAUGGCCAGCAAGCUCUUCGAGAUGACCGGCGAGCGCAGGCUGGGCGAGGAGAUCAAGAUCAAGAUCACCAACAUGACCUUCCAGUACAGAGAGUCUAGAAACUACAGAAAAGUGAGGAAAAAGCAACAGGACCAGCCCCAAGUUCCCAGCAUGCACAGGAAAUUAAAAUGCAUGACAGAUAGCGAGUCCGCCCCGCCCGACUGGCCCUAUUACCUAGCCAUUGAUGGGAUUCUGGCCAAGGUCCCCGAGUCCUGUGAUGGCAAACUGCCGGACAGCCAGCCGCCGGGGCCCUCCACAUCCCAGACCGAGGCGUCCCUGUCGCCGCCCGCUAAGUCCACCCCUCUGUACUUCCCGUAUAACCAGUGCUCCUACGAAGGCCGCUUCGAGGACGAUCGCUCCGACACCUCCUCCAGCUUACUGUCCCUUAAGUUCAGGUCGGAGGAGCGACCGGUGAAGAAGCGCAAGGUGCAGAGCUGCCACCUGCAGAAGAAGCAGCUGCGGCUGCUGGAGGCCAUGGUGGAGGAGCAGCGCCGGCUGAGCCGCGCCGUGGAGGAGACCUGCCGCGAGGUGCGCCGCGUGCUGGACCAGCAGCACAUCCUGCAGGUGCAGAGCCUGCAGCUGCAGGAACGCAUGAUGAGUCUGCUGGAGAGGAUCAUCACCAAGUCCAGCGUCUAGGCCAGCAGGUGGCGGCGGUGGGGCCGGGCCACCCAGGGCAGGCCACUCAGGCCAGGCGGGCAAGGGGGCCGCCCCGUGAGAGGAGACCGCCUUCCACCUGGCCUCUGGCGGGAUGUCCCUUCCGAGGGGUGUUUUGAGGAACCCCCAGGCCCUGGGGACCGUGAGGCUCCAGUCUCCAGCAUGAACGCCCUUCCUCAGACACAGGCCAGGGCCUCCGGGGGUCACUCUGAGUAAGAACAUCCUAGAACCACUCUCCAGUGUCGUUACUAUCAAUAAUACUUGACAUGGCUUUGAUAUUAAAUGUAUACUUUUUCAUUCUUGCCUGGACCGCACGGUUUGCUGUUGCUGACUUGGUGAGGAUGCCCUGAUUGAUGGAUCCCAAAAAUGAAAGCAGGUGCAAAUGGGUCGGGGCAGGCUGGAGCUGGGGGGAAAGCUCUGCCCUGAAGGGAACCUGUGUCCUCCCUCACCAGGACCUCUGCGUCUGUCCUUAAAUGGCCUCCCACGCCUGAUGAAAACCCCAGGGAGCCUUCCGGGAGGCUUUUAUUCAGCUCUGUUUGGAGCAUCAGGUGUUUCUACUGCCUCCUUAGCAAUGACACUAAUAAAAGUCGUAACACCUGCUCGCGUGCA